AAGAACUGUUGGUAAACGUGGUAUAAUUACUGGUCGUUGGGUAAUUGCUCCAAAUCUUGAAUUAUUUCCUAUGACGAAUAAUCACAAAGAGAAUGAACAUGUCGUGAAAAACAUGGAUUUACUUAAUAAAUUGAUUGAUUCUUUAACUCCUCCAAAAUAUCAUAUUUCAACUGGUGAACCUAAGAUAACUAUUUUAAAUAAACUUGAUUUGGAACGUGGAUAUAUUUGUGGAUUACAUAAAAGAUCUUUUACUGAAAUCAUUAUAGGCUUUGCUUUAUUCUUGACUGCUUCUACUCUUGGUUUGGCUUAUAUACUUUAUUUCGAUGUUAUUGAUGCUUCUCCUUAUAGAUGGGUUUUUGGUG